AUGCCUACUACACCAACUCUUCCCGCUCGUAUUAAAGUUGCUCACGUUCUUCAAGCUCUCCAAUUAAUUUCAGCCAAACAGGUGUUUUUCGUGCUGAAUGGGAAGGGAAAAUUCCAUCGAUCGUUGAUUAAUCCUAUGAAAUUGCCAUCGAUGGAAAUGUUAUUGGAGGAGUGUUCAACUCAUUUACAGGUUGCCAUUCACCGUCUCUACACUCCAGAAGGCAAAUUGAUAAUGACAGUCAACGACAUUCUUUCUUAUGAUGGACCAAGAAUAAUCGCGUGUCCUCGAAAUGAGAGACCUCAUCUCGACGAGAAAACGAACUCUUCGAAUAUGAAAUUACCAGAGAUACACCCAAAUAGAUAUGCCCCACGGCAAGCUUAUACGAGAGUUGUGAACUCUAUCGCUUCGGACACGUCAACUGGGGGAUCUGCAGGAGUUAUGACUUCUGGUAGUUCUUCAGGGAACAGUAUUGAGAAGAGACAACGUCUUCCUGUACUCAACACUCGAUAUAUCCCACGAAAACACCGUGAAAAUGGAAUCACAAGUGAUGUUGCAAACAACACAACUAGAGUAGCUUAUAUUGCAAAAUCCUACUCAACCAAGAGAACUGCUCCAACAACAAUGAAUAGAAAUCAUAUUCACUCAACAACUAAGGAAGUGAACAAGAAGUCAAAGAAAGAUGACGACACUGCAAUUUCAAGUGCUGCAAGUACUGCUCCGAAGGAUUCUGGAACUGGGACAUCAAUUAAUAGUCAGCAAUCGGAUAGGCCCGAGAGUAUGACGGAGAGAAAAGCUCAAAUGAUUCGAGAUGAGUUACGUGCCAACCUUCAUCACCAGCAUCAUAAUCAGAGUAGUUCUGAUCAAUAUUCGGAGGAAGACAUGAUUCGAGAAGAAGAGAGUGAUUAUGAUAAUAUUGGAGGAGGGAUUCAUAGUGGAACUGAUGAGGAAGAAGACGAUAGAGAUAGUGCAUUGGGUAGUGGUGGCCAAAGGAGAUCUGUGAAGUCUUCUCAUCGGACGCCUACUCAUAGAACACCGUCGACAUCUGGUUCUGAACAGAAUCUAUCUAGAAAAUCUACAGCAGGAGCAACGGAUUCAAGAAGGAGAACGAGAACGAUAAGCAGACAAGAUACUCCGUAUCAAGCGACUCCUUCACGUCAGAGUACCGUAAUCUCCCGUCAAGGAACCACUGAAUCUUCUGAGCCAAAAUCUAUCCAUUCAUCUCGUGCAUCAACUGCGUCGAAAGCGAUUCAAGAAGUUUCUGAUGAGGAGGAAGAGGAGGAAGAGUUCUCAAGGGAGACACCUGCAGCACAGACUCCGGAUACUAGACUACAGACAGCUAAAUCUAGAAGAUCGACGGCUGGUUCAGCUAGAAGUUUUGCAAGUGAAAGUUCGAGAGCGUGGAGUAGAAUUUCUGGAUAUAGUGAUAAGGAAGAAAUCCUACCAUCAGAUGAAGACGACGAACUUCCGAAACGUGAGAUUAGUACAGCGGAAAGGGCACUACUUGAAGAGGAAGCAGCUAAGCUCAAAUAUGAAAAAGAACAAGAGGAACGAGAAGAAGACGAACGACUGCGAAGAGAAUACGUGGAGCUAUUCACCGAGUACUCAGUUGAGAUUCUAUUGGGAGAACGGUAUGGUAUCGACUUCGACAUGCCGUUGUUCAUUGUGAUGCAUGGAGAGAAAGGGUCAAGUCAGAAGCUUUAUAUGGCUGAGAAUGACUGGCUAUCUUCCGAAUUACAAUUCUACGAAACGAUGCAGUGGGUGGUUCAAAAGUUUACAAUUCCUUCGUUAGGAAUGUUGAAAAGUAUUGAUGUGGGACACGAACAGGAAGGGUACGGAGCUGGAACAUUCAUUGAACGAGUUGUGAUAACUGAAAAUACUGAUGGUCAAUGCUUCCAAUUCGCCGUUGCAAAGUGGUUUGAUAGUGGUCAAGUCGAUGGAUUGAUCGAGAGACACAUUGAGUUGAAAGGGCACAUGACAAUGAUGCCGAUUGAGGAGAAUAAAGAAAGAAAAGUGUCACAAGGAAGAUGGGAAUUCCACCUACAUUCUCUGCAUUCCGAACUUGGAGGUACUACAUCAAACCUUGUCGUUACUGGAUACGGACAACUUGGUUCAAGUGCUCACGAAGUAACAAACAAAAAUCUGCUUCAAGAUCCAAUGGCUUCCACUUGCAUUCAAUUAGAUUUCGGACAAGAUAUCGGUGAAUUGCGAAAAGUUCGUUUUGAAAUUGAUGGAGUCGGUGAGAAGCCGAAUUAUUAUUUGGAAAAAGUGGAAGCAACGGAUUUGGAUAGAAAACAACAUUGUGUUAUAAUGGUGAAUCGAUGGCUUCAUACUUCUCCAACACCUGGUUUCCCUAAUUGGCAACCAUUCAGAGAGAUAGCUCUUUUGUCAACCACUCACUUUCAUUCCAGUUUAAAAACAUUCGAAGGAAUCAUCCGAUUGUCGGAUAAAUCAUUGAUGUUAUAUGACAAUUCGAUCAUUUAUCUUCAAUGUUUUAGUCGCGAACAUGACGAUGAGGAUAUCAAAGGAAACGCUUCUGGAAUCUUUCCAGUUAUUCCAGUUACCAGAGAAGACGGAGAAAUUCAAUACGAAUACAAUGUUGAGUUUGUUACACAAAGAAACGAUGUAGAAUUCCGAUUCAUUCCAAAGCUCUCGUCAUUUGGAAAAGAUGUGAUGGACGGUUUCGGUUUGUUCAAAGACAUUUUUCGAAAUAUGGAAGCUGAUCAUCUGAUUGAUAAUGAGGCGUUGAUUGCAGACGAGCUGUUCGUCGAAGAAGUCAUUCAAUUCAAUGGUGAACACUGCCCCUAUUAUUCAGUAUAUCGAACUCCUUUCAUCUCUUACGAGCCGAAUAACCCUCUCGGACCGUACUUCAAACAUUUGAUAAAUCCUGUAUUUGCUGCAAUUGAAACGAAACAAAGACUAGAAUCGGAGAAUGAAGGAAUGGUGACUUGGGAAGUGUCGAUGAGUCUGCUGGAAAAACAAACCAGAAUUCCAUUGAUACCUACAGUAGUCCUGGUAGGAAAAGAUGAUAGAACGUUCGAGAUGGAAUGUCUGAUGGAGAAUCCAGAGCAUCAUGGAGAUUUGUGGUAUUUGAAGUAUAGUCUGACAGUUCCGAACUUUGGGAAUCCUACAAGAUGCAGAAUAUCAUGUGAGGAAACCAAUGAGAAGAAUUAUACUUUUGUGCAUAAGAUGUUCCUCCGAGAAAAGAAUUCAAACACCCAAGUUUUCAUCAAGCCAAGUAUAGAACUUUUUGGCUACGACACACACGAAUAUGAGUGUCCGUAUCCAGAUAUCGGUGGAUGGAAAAAUGUUGAAUAUAUGAUAUCAAUCGAAACACUGGAAGGAGGUGGGGAUUUCCGUCCGUAUGUGAAUAUAAUUGGACAGAAAGGAAAAACUGGAUAUCGAGCAUCAGCGAUGAAAAUUUCUGAGCAAGGAAUAGCGCAAGUAACAUUCACUAGUGCACUCAGUCUGCUCGAUUUGCAAAGUAUCGAAGUGUGGGCCAAAACUGGACAUCCGGAUAAUUGGAGAGGAAUAAUCGAAAUCAAAAGUGAUAAGAAAAUAUAUCAGUCAGGAGAACUUGAAUUGACAAAGAAUGGACAAAUCGCGUUAUCACCUUUAACUCCUAUAGCAGAAUUAGAUGAUGAAGAGAAUGAAUACGAACAAGAAGAGGAAGAUCAAGAGGGAUCCAGCGAACUCUAA